AUGCCGAACGUCGACUGUAGAAUGUACGAGGCGAAGUUCCCAGAGGUAGAGCAGGUGGUGAUGGUUCAAGUUAAGAACAUCGCCGAUAUGGGCGCGUACGUGUCGCUUCUUGAGUACAACAAUAUCGAGGGUAUGAUUCUCUUAUCGGAGCUGUCCCGUCGUCGCAUUCGCUCUAUAUCGAGUCUGAUCAAGGUCGGCCGGCAAGAGCCUGUCAUGGUGGUCCGCGUGGACAAGCAGAAGGGUUAUAUCGAUCUAUCGAAGCGGCGUGUAUCGGAGGAGGAGGUGGCGGCGUGCGAGGAGAAGUACAACAAGUCCAAGAUGGUACACAGCAUCAUGCGCCACGUGGCAGAGACGUCCGGCGUCGAUGUCGAGGAGCUAUACACGAACGUGACGUGGCCGCUGUACCGCAAAUACGGACACGCGUUCGAGGCGUUCAAGCUGGUGGUGACGGAUCCAGAGGCGGUGUUAGGAGGACUCACCAAGGAGAUCACCGAGACAGACGAGGACGGCAAGGAGGUGAAGAGGGAGGUGCCAGCAAUGGUGGAGGACGUGAAGGCGAACCUGAUUGCCAACAUCCGGCGCAGAAUGACCCCGCAGCCCCUCAAGAUCCGAGCUGACAUCGAGCUCAAGUGCUUCCACUACGAUGGAGUGCUGCACAUCAAGGACGCCAUGCGCCGGGCAGAGCAGGAGGGCGAGGAGGACUGUGCAGUGCGCAUUGUGCUCGUGGCGCCGCCCCUCUACGUCCUCACCACCUUCACUCUUGCCAAGGACAAGGGCAUAGCAGUGUUGGAGCGGGCCAUCAGAGCAGCGAGUGAGGAGAUCGACAAGCACAAGGGCAAGCUCACAGUCAAAGAGGCGCCGCGAGCGGUGAGUGACCGUGAUGACCGGUUGCUGGCAGAGCACAUACAGAAGCUCACAGAUGCCAACGUGGAGGUGGAUGGUGACGUGGACAGCGAGGAUGAGGACGAGGGCAUGGGCUCCGUUGACAUUGACAACGCCGGUCUCACCGAAUAG